AUGGCAAGUCUCGACACCACCCUAACAGCAACCUCAUCGCGGCUGAGGGUCAAUGCUUUCUCUCCCGACAUCAAACAAGAGGAAGUCGUUUCUCAAGACAACCACCAAAAUCAGCAGCAGCAGCAGCAGCAGCAGCAACAACAACACCAUCAAUACCCGCACAAACCGUCACGGUCCAUCGAUAUGGCCCUGCCAACGCAUUCGGAGAGCUCAAGCUCUGCUGCAGGCAUCCGCAAGAUGAAAUGGACUGUGGCGGCAGGUCUUGCUCUGCUAGGUUUCUUCUUGCUGCUAUCCAGCGGCGCCGAUCGCUACGAUUACACAGCAAGCACCUCGUAUCUCUCUUUGUCAUCCUCGUUCGCAUACAGACCAACCUCGGUUUCGAUCGACGAGGUCAUGGCCAAAUGCGCCAUUACGGCCACUCAUCGAAUUGCGUGCAAGGUGCAGCACGCCGCCGAGCUGGCCGAGCAGCUUGUCUCGCGUCAGUCGCGCACUCCACAAGACGCCGUGCUCGUCUACAAGCGUCGUUAUCGGCGUGCACCCCCUCGCGGCUUCGAGGCGUGGGUCAAGCUGGCUCUCAAACACAAUGCUACCAUCAUCGACGACUACGACCAGAUCGAGGUGGAUAUCAGCGCUUUCCGUCAAGCAGGGCUCGUGGGUGACAAGCUCAAGAGAAGGAUCCUUGAGGCAAAGGCCAAGCUGCCCGGAUACGAGUUUGGACAACUGAGCAUCAUCGGUGGGCAAGCUGUCGCUCUUGGUCCCGAUUACGGUCCACUUUCGACUAGUACGUUGAUCGAUCUCCUCGAACCGGUCCAGCACAUCAUUCCAGACGUCUCGGUACCGUUCAACUGGUUUGCAGAGCCACGAGUGCCCCAUCCCUCUGCAAAAGCCUCUAUUGGUCCUUUCGAGUCGAACAACUUGUCGGGAAUGGAUCCCACUGAUGCGUUGCGCAAAGCAUGUCCGUCCAACCACCUGACACCCAACAGGCCUUGGGACGCGCUGCUGCCCCCGCUCGACUACUGCAGCGAGGACCACCAAGAGCUGGGUGGACUGCACGGCUUCUUGCAGGCUCCCGGCAGCUUCAUUCCACUGAACAAGCUGGUUCCAGUGCUUUCGAGGUCCAAGAUGUCCAACUUUGCCGACAUCUUGGUGCCCAACGUCUGCUACGGUAACGAAAUCUACCGUGGCUACCCGGACACGGUGCCAUUCGAGAACAAGCAGGAUACGCUCUACUGGCGCGGCACCACGACAGGUGAGUUGCAGACGCCGACCACUUGGGCGCGCGGACAUCGGCACCGUGCGCUGCGCUAUGUCAAACAGCUUCGUGAAGCGGCAAACAAGUUGACGACGGGUGUCGAGGUGGACCCCUUCGACGCGAUCUAUGCGCCGAACCGGACUGUUGCUCCCUCGCGGGAGUCAUUCCACGUUGCUGGCAACACGUUGCCUCUGUUUGACUACACGGACAACAUGGUAGUAGACGCGCUGAAACGACUGGGCUACAAGGUGUUUGAUGUAGCCUGGAACAUGUUUGUGUUGGCCGAUGAUGCAACGAUGGCCUCGCUCCAGGCAAACCAAGUGACCACGGGCACCGAGGAACGUAACCGGGUCUACAAGCACAAGUACGCGCUCGACUUGGACGGCCAAUCCAUGUCGUGCCGUUACUACCAGCUGCUGGCGUCCAACUCGGUGGUGUUCAAGCAGACAGUCUGGUCCGAGUACCACGACGACCGUCUGGUGCCGUGGAUCCACUUCGUGCCUUUGGAUCUGCGCAUCGAGAACAACGAGCUGCCGCUGCUACUCGACUUCUUCAUCAACCAUGCUCAGGGCCCCGCCACCGCGGCCAAGAUCGCCGCCGAAUCCAAGCGCUGGGCCGACGCAACGCUUCGCCCGAUUGAUGUGUCGCUCUACUAUGCCAGGCUCCUGAUCGAGUACGCCGAGAUCUAUCAGCCUCCGUUCUGA